CCUCUCUUCCACAGGGCGCGUGGGCUAUUGAGGAAGGAGGAAACAAGGAACUAUGGUUGUAAGGGAGUUUCCUGCAAGACUUCAUAAAGGCCCUCCCUGCAGUUGAAUUGGUGUCACAGUGUUGGUUGGAAGGUGAAUGCCUGCUCCUCUUCCCUCUGACUGCUGACUGAACACAGACUCGGAGGGGGGUCUGAAGGCACAAAGGCGCAGAGUGUUUCUCGUCCCUGCUGGUCGGGGUACGAGUAGGGAGCUGGUCUCACCUAACAGAUGUGUCUGGGACACUCCUGUUUAUUUAUUCUAUCAGUUACAUCCAGAUCCAGGCAAGCCUGAUGGAAAUGUGGGGGGUUUACAUGGCGGACAGAGGGCAGACCAUGCGGGCUGAGGGAUACGUGAAGGAGUUCACCCGCCAUUCCGAUGAUGUCCUGCUGAAUUUGAACGAGCUCCGGCACAGAGGCAUCCUGACCGACACCACCCUGGUGGUCGGCAGCGUUCAGCUGCAGGCGCACUGUGCGGUGCUUGUGGCCUGCAGUGGGUUUUUCUACUCCCUGUAUUCCCGCCGGGUGCUGCUUCAGGGGCGUGGUGGUGGCAGCACGGAGCAGCUCAUGACCGUGUCUCUCCCCAGUACGCUGGACCCGUCCUGUGUCUCCCUGCUGCUCGACUUCAUGUACACCUCCCGCCUCCCUCUGACACCAAGCAUUGUCUCUGGAGUGUUGGCUGUGGCUGCCUAUCUGCAGAUGGACCAUGUGGCUGACACGUGCAGGGAUUUCAUGCAGCUGCACUGCACAGAGAACGUGAGUGUUAGACAACCCCAUAUGGAGCGGGACUCCAGUGUCUCUGUAGCCUCUGUUUCCCCUAAAGGAGGGGAAUUGCCCCAUCCAGGACCCCAGCAGUCCUUCGCGGCAGCUGCAAAAAGAAGGUUCCCUGUUGUCGCAGAAUGCUUUCUCAAGCCUGGGGUUUUCCAGCCCUGCCAGCCCGGGUCAGACGAGGUGAAAGAACAUCCUGACUCGCCCCUCCCGAACGCCCGGACUUUAUCCCCAAACAGCCCAGAGCGCUCCAGCUGCCAUCCAAACUCUCCUGCUGAGUCCAGCACCUGCAGCAAAAACCCUGAAAUUGAAACCAAAGCCACACCAGACCCAAAGGCCUGCAACUGGAAGAAGUACAAGUACAUUGUCCUGAACCCUCUCUGCUCUGCUGCUGCUGGGGUGAAGGUAGAGGAGCCAGAGGAAGUUCAGUGUCAAGAUUUGGCUCUAAAAGCUCCAAUAGAGGCGUGGUCUGGAGAAGUGCCUGGUCAGAUUGAUAGACAGGGGCAGGCCUCCUGCUACGAGGGUUCUGGCCGAGCCCCUCCCCUCGGGCCACCUCCCUCUAACCCAAAAGCGUCUGCCUCUCACAAGAAGGAACCAGAAACUGGCCAGCUCUGCCAACCUCCAAUCAAAUGCGAGAACCGCUACCUGCCCUUCGCUUACUCUGGAACCAAAUCUGUGUGCUCAGGAGACAAACCGUACCGCUGUAACGUGUGUGGAGCUCAGUUUAACCGACCAGCCAACCUGAAAACUCACACCCGUAUUCACUCAGGAGAGAAGCCUUACCGCUGUGACACCUGUGGAGCUCGAUUUGUUCAGGUCGCCCACCUCAGGGCCCACGUCUUGAUCCAUACAGGUGAGAAGCCCUACCCCUGUCACACCUGCGGCACCCGCUUCCGCCACCUGCAGACGCUGAAGAGCCAUCUGCGCAUCCACACUGGAGAGAAACCUUACUCUUGUGAGAAGUGCGACCUUCACUUCCGGCACAAGAGCCAGCUGCGUCUGCACCUGCGACAGAAGCACGGCGCCGUCACCAACACCAAGAUCCGCUACAAGGUGCUGACCGAGCCCUUCCAGCCUCUUCUGCAGGCCUGCUGAGGAGCACUAACCACAACAUACCGGAUCACACCAGUUAUACCUGAAUCUGUCAGAAAAUGUUAAACUUGGGGAAAGAACCACCGGAUUUUUAUUGACGACUUAUGCACCACUGAAUGUUAGAUUUGGACGUUAAAAUUGUUGCAUUGAGAGAAAGACAUUUCUAUUUUCCCAGCAUUUUAGGCGUCUUUGUUGGAUGAGGUCUGGACCGUGUAUGACACUCACAUUUUAUCAGAAAUGUUAUGUGAAUAUUGAUAAAUGGAGAAAUAAUGAAAAGGAUUGAAGUAAAGUGUUGAAGAAGGUUUGUUAGCAGAUGUUAAGAGGGAAAGAGUGCAGGGAAAAACGUUUUGAGACCACAUGUUGUAGAAAGGUGUAGGAUGUGACUAGAAGAAAGAAAGGAAGAAUAUGUUAAUUAGAGAGAUGGUGAGUAAUGUUUUAAAUGUGGAGAAGCCCUUCAUGAGUUUUUGUUUUUGUAAAUGUUUAUUUAACCUGAUGGCCUGGGGCCUCUAUAUUGUCUUUUUAAGCAUCUAUAAGAAGUAAUUUAUGGUCUUGAAGUUCAAACAGAUAAAGGGAAUAGUUCCCCUGUACGGAAUAUAGACUGUAGAAUGAAAUUAAAUUAUACGUUAUUGAUGAAGGCAUUUAAACGAAAUGUUAUAAAGCAAAUUUAAUUUGUAUGUGUAUGAGUUCAUUUGCAGGACAAAUUUAAAUUAAAAUAAGUUUUGUGUCAUUUCAAAAGUC